GAGCGGCUCGUUCUCCAUGUGACUUCAGUUUCCGUCAGUUCCUUCCGCAAGUGCUAAAAUAAUCUGAUGCCCCAGAGAGAGGAGGCAGCUCAGCCCCGCGUUCGGCUGCUGUCGAGGAGGAGGCCGGAGUCCCGGGAGAGGAUGCGCCCCGCGGAGCCACCUGGGCCUGCGGGAGCCUGCUGUACUUGAGAUGGAGUUACUGCCCCUCUGGCUCUGCCUGGGUUUUCACUUCUUGACAGUGGAAUGGAGGCACCGAAGUGGAAUGGUCACAGCAGCUUCGCAAGGGGGCUGUGAGUUGCUUGAUGGAGUGGCUGACUGUCGAGGGCGGAACCUCGCUACAGUGCCCAGCGAUCUCCCACCCUCGUCUCGGAUGCUCCUUCUGGAUGCCAACCCUCUCAAGACCCUGGGGAACAACUCGCUGCAGCGUUACCCUUUCCUGGAGAGCCUCAGUCUGCACGACUGCUACCUGGAGCGCAUUGGCCACGUCGCCUUUCAGGAGCAGGCCCACCUGCACAGCCUGUCGCUGCCUGACAACUCCCUCUCCGAGAGCUACAAGGAGACGGCGGCCGCCCUCCACAGCCUGCGCAGUCUGCGCAUGCUGGACUUGUCAGGGAACUCCCUGACGGAAGACAUGGCGGCUCUGAUGCUCCAGAACCUGUCUUCACUGGAGUCCGUGUCCCUGGCGAGGAACAUCAUCAUGAGGCUCGAUGAGUCCAUCUUUGAGGGCCUGGGCCACCUCAGGGAGCUGGACUUGCAGAGGAACUACAUCUUUGAGAUUGAGGGUGGUGCUUUUGAUGGCCUGACAGAGCUGAGACACCUCAACCUGGCCUAUAACAACCUCCCAUGCCUUGUGGAUUUCGGCCUCACCCAGCUGCGGUCCCUCAAUGUCAGCUACAACGUCCUGGAGUGGUUCCUAGCGUCUGGGGGAGAGGCCGCCUUUGAACUGGAGACCCUGGACCUCUCUCACAAUCAGCUGCUGUUCUUCCCCCUCCUGCCCCAGUGCAGCAAGCUGCACACGCUGCUUCUGCGGGACAACAGCAUGGGCUUCUACAGGGACCUGUACAACACCUCCUCACCGCAGGAGAUGGUGGCCCAGUUCCUCCUGGUGGAUGGCAACGUGACCAACAUCACCACCGUCAACCUCUGGGAGGAGUUCGCGUCCAGCGACCUCUCCGGUCUCCGCUUCCUGGAUAUGAGCCAGAACCAGUUCCAGUACCUGCCAGAUGGCUUCCUGAAGAAAAUGCCUUCCCUCUCCCACUUAAACCUCAAGCAGAACUGCCUGAUGAAGCUCCACAUCCGGGAGCAUGAGCCACCAGGGGCACUUGUGGAGUUGGACCUGAGUCAGAACCAGCUGUCCGAGCUGCACUUGGCUCCGGGGCUCCCUGGCUGCCUGAGGAGCCUCCGGUCCUUCAACCUGAGCUCCAACCAGCUCCUGGGUGUCCCCACUGGCCUUUUUGCCAAUGCCAGGAACCUCGCUACAGUUGACAUGAGCCAUAACCAGAUCUCACUUUGUCCCUCGCCCGCGGGCUUGGACCCCAGGGGCACCCCUGGCUGUGUGGAUUUCAGAAACGUGGCAUCUUUGCAGAGCCUGUCCCUGGAGGGCUGUGGGCUGGGGGCACUACAAGACUGCUCGUUUCAGGGCACCUCUCUCACCCACUUAGACCUGUCUGGAAACUGGGGGGUUCUGAAUGGAAGCAUUGCCCCUCUCUGGGAUGUUGCCCCCACAUUACAGGUCCUGUCUCUCAGGAACGUGGGCCUCACUUCCAGCUUCACAGAGUUGGACUUCUCUGCAUUUGAGAAUCUGAGGAGCUUGGACCUGUCAGGAAAUGCCUUGACCAGUUUCCCUAGGUUCGGGGGCAGCCUGGCCCUGCAGACCCUGGAUCUCCGCAGGAACUGGCUCACGGCCCUUCCUCAGAGGGCGGUGUCUGAGCAGCUCGCAGGAAGCCUGCGGACCGUCUACCUCAGUCAGAAUCCGUAUGACUGCUGUGGGGUGGAGGACUGGGGGGCCCUGCAGCGCCUGCACAUUGUCGCCGACUUGGCCAUGGUCACUUGCAACCUCUCCUCCAAGGUCAUUCGCCUGACGGAGCUGCCUGCGGGCAUUCCUCAGGUCUGUAAGUGGGAGCGGGUCGACAUGGGCCUGCUGUACCUCGUGCUUAUCCUUCCCAGCUGCCUCACCCUGCUGGUGGCCUGCACCAUCACCUUCCUCACGUUCAGGAAGCCUCUGCUUCAGGUCAUCAAGAGCCGCUGCCACUGGUCCUCCAUAUACUGACCCCAACUACGUUCUAACAUGCCCGCGUUAGAACUUUGGUCUGUGCAUGUAAGGACACCUUCUCUGCUGAGUUUCAAGAUCUGAUGCAGAAGACAAAUCUGAUGAACUGAGGUUUAAAUUAAAGUCUAAAAUGUUUCCAUCCGUUAGUUGUCCCAGGUUCUUCCUCCUUCACUGUGGUAUAUUUUCAACUAUCUUGGUAAAAUAUUUAUUAAGUGACAGUCUGUGAAAAUAAAAAAAUGUGUCUUAUAAAUAUUUUUAAAAUCAAA